AUGUCAGACGUGGAGGAGGCCAUACAGUUUUCACUUCGACAGAAAGACAAAAAUGGGCUUGAGGGCAGAUUCAUCAGUGAUUUUAAAGGGAGGGGUGUGUUCAGCUCUACGGAGUUUGAUAAAGGAGAUUUCCUGCUGGAAUACAGAGGCGACCUCAUAAGCAAAGAAGAAUGUGAGCGGAGGCAAAGAAUAUAUCAUGAUGCACUUAAAGUUUUCAUGUUUGAGUUUCGCUACAAUGGAAAACUCCUUUGUGUCGAUGCAGCCCGAGAUGACGGUUCUCUUGGGCGACUUGUAAACGAUGACAAUAUUAACCCAAACAGCAGAAUGAAGACUAUCCGUGUGGAUGGAAAACCUCACUUAUGCUUAUUUGCCACAAGGAGCAUCUGUCUUGGUGAAGAGAUCACAUAUGAUUAUGGUGAUUCUGAGUGGCCAUGGCGAUGCACGAUGAUAACUGAGAAGAAUCAGUGUCUAAAGAACCUAAAGAACUCUGAACAAGGCACAGCAGCUAUAAAGACUCUUAGUGUGGCUGAACCAUCCACUCUUGAAGUCAACACUCUGUCCCAGUCAGAAGUCAGAGACGUAGAGAAGCUGACAGUUGUCAGUGAUCAGUCAGUGUUAAUGGACUCAAGUAUCUGUGCAGCAUCUGAAGGGCUGGAAAAGGUGACUACGAAGAAGGACUGGUUACGAUUGGAUGAUCAGGACUGUGUUGAGAAACGUGCCAUCAUUAAAACCCUUUUGAUUUACUUAAGCCUGCCGGCCACUCAGAAGACAAACCCGCCGGCCGCUCCGAAGAUAAGCUCGCCGGCUGCGCCGAUGUCAAGCCCGCCGGCCAAGGCUCUCUCCAGCCCGCCGGCUAUGCCGGUUCUUCAGUCAAGCCUGCCAGCCCCGGAGCUCGCUCCAGUGUCGGCCCAAGAGCUCGCUCCAGUGCGAGGAGUACACACAACGGCCAGGAGUGCCAUUCCUAGUUCCAGAGGAUCCAGAUCCUUAGUGACGGCAAGGAGUGCUGUUCCUAGUUCCAGAGGAUCCAGAUCCUUAGUCACGGCCAGGAGUGCCGUUCCCAGUUCCAAGGGAUCCAAUUCCCCAGUUUCGUCCAGUAGUGCCGUUCCCAGUUCCAGUGGAUUCAGUUCCCCAGUUUCGGCAAGGAGUGCCGUUUCAGUGGAUCCAGUUCCUUAG